GCGGUGCUGGCGGCUCCGCGAGGGGGAGCCCUGGGCGCGCUGUGGGCCACCAGUGCGCGUGCGCGGAGCUAGAGCCGCGGACCCUCGGGCAGGUUGGAGAUGGCCGCCGCCGGGGAAGCUUCGUCGGAGCCGGCGGCUUCAGAACAACCAACGGAGCUGCCUGCCUCAGUGCGGGCGAGCAUCGAGCGGAAGCGGCAGCGGGCGCUGAUGCUGCGCCAGGCCCGGCUGGCGGCCCGGCCUUACCCGGCCACGGGAGCUGCAACUACUGGAGGCGUGGCUAAUGUAAAAGCAGCCCCAAAGAUAAUUGACACGGGAGGAGGCUUCAUCCUGGAGGAGGUGGAGGAAGAAGAACAUACAGUUGGAAAAGUUGUUCAUCAACCAGGACCUGUUAUGGAAUUUGAUUAUGUUAUAUGUGAAGAAUGUGGUAAAGAGUUCAUGGAUUCUUACCUUAUGAACCACUUUGAUUUGGCAACUUGUGAUAAUUGCAGAGAUGCUGAUGAUAAACACAAGCUUAUAACUAAAACAGAAGCAAAAGAAGAAUACCUUCUGAAAGACUGUGAUUUAGAAAAAAGAGAACCAGCUCUUAAAUUUAUUGUGAAGAAGAAUCCUCAUCAUUCACAGUGGGGUGAUAUGAAACUCUACUUAAAAUUACAGAUUGUGAAGAGGUCUCUUGAAGUUUGGGGUAGUCAGGAAGCAUUAGAAGAAGCGAAGGAAGUUCGACAGAAAAAUCGAGAAAAAAUGAAACAGAAGAAGUUUGAUAAAAAAGUAAAAGAGUUACGGCGAGCGGUAAGAAGCAGUCUAUGGAAAAAGGAAACAGUUGCUCAUCAACAUGAAUAUGGGGCUGAAGAAAGCCUGGAGGAUGACAUGUACCGGAAGACUUGUACUGUGUGUGGCCAUGAACUGACAUAUGAGAAGAUGUGAUUUUUAGUUAAGUGAUCUGUGGACAUUUAGUGUCCUGUUCAAAAUGUAAAGUCUUCAUAAAUGAAUGAACCACUUGUAUAAAUAAUGCUUCAAUAAUUAUGUAUGUUUUGGCUGAACAGCGGGUUUCAGUUAAGGUCCAGCAGGCCUGGUGGGCAGAACACUGUGUGUGUGACCAUUUUUACUGUAAUAAGGGUGGGAGCUGAGCAGUAAAAUGGGUUCAAAAGUGUUAGCUUAGAGCUAAAGCUGAGAAAUAAGCGACCAAGGCAAACCCUCGACUGAGGUAGGAGGGCGUUUUUAGCAGUAAAGGCAAAAGCUGGCUGAGCUGGGUUCAUAUCCCAGGAACCAGCAGGGAUGGUGGGAGACCACUGCACCCCAGACCCUGGGCCAGGUCUUCUAGACCAUGUCUGUCUCUAAGUCAGGGUGUGUGGGAGCUUUGCUGGGGCGAGUUUUCUAUAUCCUUAGGGUUUAUGAUAAUCUAUCAGUGUCUGGAUAUCCCUUUUCAAAUCUGGGUAGAACAGAAAAACAGCUAUACUGUUUGUUGAUCAAAGGUAAUGAUAACUUGUUAACAUUUACUGAGCAUUUUCCAUGUGUCAUGCAGACACUAUGCAAAGUGCCUUCCGGGUAUUCUCAUGUAAUCCUGGGAGGGAAGACAGCUUGCUUCUGUGCUUAUGUAGCACUUCUAAAGGAAUCGUAACCUACAACCUGACGUCACCCCAGACAUUUGGAUCAUGUUUAAAUAGUCAAAUAUUACCCUAUCUUGUCAAAAGGAUUACAAGGUAGUUACUUGGUAAGAGCAAUCGAUCCCAAGUGCUUGAUUAACAGGGUGUAUGCAUUCUUUUUUAUACAAAUUCAAGAUAGAUCAUUUUAAGUUGUUCUUUGACAGGACUUUUUAUCUUACUAAUAGGAAGUUUUUUAUACAUUUUCAUGUUUUUCUUCAUAUCAGCUCUUGGAGAUUAUGCUUGAAGAAGAGCAAAAGUCAAAACAAGUCAAAGCCAAAGACUUGAAACUGUAAUUACUAAUUGUUCUCUAUAUAAGUAUUCAAUACAGAAAUGUUUACUAUG